AUGCCGUCUCACAAAGUGCAUCAACUGUGCCUAGAAGUGUCACCACAGUGUCCCGUCGAAGCUACACUAUACGGGUAUCGACCUAAUCUCGCUGGGAAUGCCCUCUUGCUGGCCAUCUUCAGUGCUUGCACGCUUGCUCAAAUCAUCCUUGGCCUACGAUACAGACUGAAGGCUUUCACUUUUGCUGUCACAAUUGGCUGUGCCGGCGAAGCAAUCGGAUAUGGCGGUCGAAUAAUGAUGAAUGCCAAUCCGUGGAGUCAGUCAGGUUUCAAGACACAGAUCUGCUGCCUCGUGCUAGCGCCAUCAUUCCUGGCUGCAGGCAUAUACCUUACGCUGAAGCAUCUCGUCAUCUACUUCGGUGCCGAGAAGUCACGGAUACGACCGGGUUCAUACACAGCCAUCUUUAUCUCAUGCGAUCUCGUCAGCAUUCUCAUCCAGGCUGGAGGUGGAGGUAUUGCGGCUAGCAAUGAAGCCAACCUGGUCAAGAUCGGAGACAACUUGAUCGUGUGUGGUAUCAGCGUGCAGGUUGCUACGAUGUUCGUCUGCUUGUGCCUCGCUGCAGACUUCGGCUGGCAAGUCUUGAAGCACCACAAUCGCCGACAACCGACUGGAGAGGAAGUGGCAGAAGGAAGAGAGCUGCCGAAGAGCUUUAGGUACUAUGCCAUCUGCUCUGGCAUUGCCUUCGUCCUGAUCUUUAUCAGAUGCGUCUAUCGUGUACCAGAAAUGGCAGGAGGUUGGGGCAAUCCACUCAUGCGCAACCAAGCCGAAUUUAUGGUCUUUGAUGGGACAAUGAUCGCUAUCGCAUGCACGCUCAUGACCAUUGCCCACCCGGGCAUCUUCUUCCCUUCAAUUGGAUCCCACAACCGCAAAGCAGCAGAGGAGAAGCGAAGCGCGGGCAGCCCAGAUCCCACGCUACAGUCGACCGAAGGCCUAGAGAAACAUCAGCUGUGA